AGAGAGAUAAGUGAGCGUCUGGCCUUACAGUAUGAGCACAAAGAAAGGGAACCAUAGUUCAAGUUGCUUAAAAAUAUAAAAAAUAAAUGGAAGCCGCAUUAUCGAAUGGCGAACAUAUCCAGUUGGUGAAGGUUUAUCUGGUCAGUGAAUUACAUGGUAGGGCGGUGUGCACAUAAGCUAGGUUACUACACACAAAGAUGUAAACGUGCAAACGUUACCCUACCAACGCGCCCUCUUACACAUACACCACGCUCCAGUUGACGACAGAUCCUUUUAGUAAAACACAAAGAAUAUGAAAAAAUGUGACAUUUUUUUCUUAUAUUUAAUUUUUUUCGUUCUAACCACCAUCAAAUGUUGCCAACCGUUUAUAGUUCCAAACAACACAAAAAUGACAAACGGUCCUUUUUUGAAGAACUGCUGCAGGAGCAAGCGAAUUGUAACAAUUUUUGGGAAAAAAAAAAAGAACAGGAAAGUUGUUGUCAUAGAAUGCACUGAAGCAAGGAAGUACGGGAAGCAGCCGUCAAGAUAUGUGACAGAGAAAAAUAAAGUAAACACACCGAAGAAGUUGCAGUUGUACAAGUAUAAUAAAUAUCUUAAAAGAAGAACAUUACACGUAGAAAUUAAGUAAUUACGUGCCAAAAGAAACCUUCUUUUAUUUUUCUACGCCCACACCCUUUCGCGCAUAUAAUCCGUGUUCCUUUUUUUCUUAUCAACGAUUUGUCAUUUCAUUUUUCCUCUU